AUGGUGCCGGAGGAGUGGCGUCCCUCACUGCUCACCCUCACCGACGACGAACUCAAGGUACCCGGCAGUACGCCCGCUUCUGACAACCUGCCCUCCACCAUCACCAUCGUCGUCAAGUCCCUGCCCGAGCGCUUGACGCCUGAGAUGCGCGCCAAGUUUCCGCCAUCCUUGGUCAGCACUCUUGAAACGGCGUAUUCCCUGCACAUGCCCAGGAGCUUCUCCCAAAUCAUGGACCGGUUGAAGCCUGGGACGGACGGGGUUGCCGAGCUGAACGAGGGCGUCGAACUGAACCUGUUCCAGGGCACUGCUGUCACCAAGGCCCCGCUGUCGUUUUCGUACAUCCUGGCGCAGGGCAUGUCCCCCAAGAAGAUACACGAGGUCACGCGAAUGAGCAAACUCGUGGUCGAGCUGUGUAAAGCGCUCAACGUGGACACGGGCUACGUGUCCCACGUACUCUCGCAGCACUACGGGUACCGGGUGAUGGCGGUGGAGGGCAACGAAGACUACUCGGACAAGGGCGUCGCGCGCGUCCAGUCCAUCUCCACUCGGAUUCGCAAGCGAGUGGUCGAAGCCGUACAAACUGCGAUCAAGCAAGCGAUUCGCAAGGAGCGCGCUCGGGUGGGAGGAGAAGCAGCGGCGGCGGACGAGCCAGCGGAGGACGACAGCGCCCCCCACAAGUACAUCCUGAUCGGCCUUCACACCUGCGGCGAUCUGGCCCACAAGGUGGUGGACCUGUUCUUGCAAUCGACGCAUGCGGUCGGCCUUGUGGGCGUUGGCUGUUGCUAUCAGCUCACCACCUCACUCAUAGGCGAACAUGCCACGAUUGAUUAUGGGACGCCGCUCUCCAUCUACCCACGCUCAUCACUCCUUCGGGAACGGAGAUUCCGGCUGGGAUGGGGAGGCCUCAAGAUCGCCACCGAAUCGUGUUAUCAAUACUCGCAGAAGCAGGGUGCCGAUUUCACACACGUGCACCACUCGCUCAGCUUUCGGGCCAUUCUCGAGGUCCUGGUGCGCAAGUACUACCCCGAAGGCCAUCGAGAGGAAAAGCAUCCAAAGGAGCUUUGGCAGAGCGUUGCGAUGCACCCGGAGUACGGUCCGGGUAACUGGAAGGGCAGCGGUCGGGACAUUGCCUGCACGGACGCCGACGACUGCGCCGCUCCUCCGCCGCUCGCACAGGAGGCGAAGGCGAAGAACAAGAACGUGCUCGAGUUCUCGCACGACCUCAAGGUCCGGUUUCGGUUCAAGAAGCUGCGGCAGAAGGACUAUGCCACCGAGAAGCUCUACCUUCUUCAGUCCAUCAAAAGGUUCAUAAUCAAGACUGACGACAAGCCCAACUGGAGGCCUGUGGAUUUUGGCGCGUUUGCGCUCUUCCACGACUCGCAGAACAAGCAAGAAGAUGCAGCCAGCGCAGCACAGAGGGAAGAGGAGAAGGAGCGUUUGAUGCAAGACAUGCUGGCAGUCUUCGACCAGUACAAGGACCGAGAGCGUGAGGUGGCGGUGUGGGCGGCCUUGCAAAUGCUGCUCAAUCCGCUCUUGGAGAGCCUCCUCCUGCUAGACCGCUUGCUCUACAUCGAAGAGUUCAAGACCACGUACGUUCGUGCUGAGCUUCUCCCACUGUUCGACGUCGUCCACUCACCCCGAAACGUGGCCAUCGUGGCCCACAAGGCCACACUCCCCACCAGCUCGUUGUAG